AUGAGCCAAUUACAAGACUUAAUUGAUUUUUCUAAUGAGGGUUUACCUUAAGAAUAUUUGAAAAAAGCAUGCGAAGAAUUUGAAAAGGCAAACAAAGAUGUCUUGGUUGACUAACCUAAAUCAAAUUUUAUUUCCAAUCUUAGUAUCCUUCUCAUUGGAUUGCCAAAAGUCAAAGAUGAAAUGAAACAAAAACUUAUUACAGCACUCAAAGGAUUUCUUAAGAAGAAUAAUUACAUCUAAUUUGUUGACAUUGAACUGAAUAAUUUGGGUCAGGCUCUCCUAUCAUAUGAUAAUGAAGAUCAAGCUCAAUAGGCAGUAGAACAAAUUAACAAUCAAAAUUUUGAUGCAAAACAUUAAUUGCUAGCUUUUACUUAGAAAUAAAUUAAUACUAUUAAUGAAACUAAAGAAUAUAUCCCAAUUAUUUUGAAAUCCAGAUAAGAAUUGUUAGCAUUUCAUAAGGAUCCAAGAGCAGCAGUCACAAUCAUUUAAGAAAAGUCCAAACUCUCACUCAAAUGGUUGAAUCCCCUGGAGAAGAAGUUAGAAGAUAAUGUCAAUGAAAAGAAAUUGCCACCAUAUGACAAAUUGCAAUGGUCACCUCUAGGAUAAUAUUUGGUUUUAUUCACAGAAAAUGAAUUCAGUCUCUACGGUGCCUAAGAUAUGGAAUUAUUACACAAAUUUGAACACAAGAGAGUAUCUGAAUUGUUAUUCAGUCCAGAUGAACUAUAUGUGAUAAGUUAUGAUGGAUUAUAACAAUUUAUUAUUUGGAAUAUUAGAGAAGAGAGACAAUUGAGAUAGAUUGUAUAGGAACAAUCCUCCAUCAAUUCUUUCAAGUUUAGAAAAGAUAAUAAGUUGUUAGCCUUCUAAGCACAAGACGAGAUUCAAUUUUAUGAAGCCCCAGAGUUCUAUCAAAAAACUCAAUUAAAUCGUAAAGCUGUUGGAGUUAAACAAAUUGAAUGGGUUCCAUAGACUAACUAUUUAGCUGUUGUUUGCUAUGGUAAAGAUAUUAAAACUCAAAUCUACUUGCAUGAUUAUUAAAGGAAUAUUGAUGUCAAGUGGAGAAAUAUUGCAUUCGAAAUUGAAAGUAUUCAAAUAUUUGUACAUACUUAUGGCAAAUGGGUUGCUACUUUGAUUAAAAAGAAGUAGAAAAAUAAGGUGUUUGCAACUACUCUUCAAGUUGGUAAUUUGAGUAAAACUGAUCCAUUUGAAAUUGAUGAACAUACUGUUAAUGAGGAUGUUGAAAAUAUAUUCACAGAACUCAAUACUGGAAAAUUUGCAUUAUCUUACAGAGAAAAAGAUAAACAAUAAAAACCAACUUAACAAUUCACUUUCCAUCUCUACUCAGUUUUAGAAGAUCCAAAAAAAGGAAUCAAAUUAUGUCAACUUGGAGAUCAGAAAGGAAAAGACACAAACGAGUUGUUAUGGGCAUCCAAUGGAAGUUAUUUUGCCAUGGUCAAUAAAACCAAAAAUUCCCCUGAUCAAGGAAAAGUUGAAUUUGGGCAAAUUUCUAAAAAGAAUGAAUAAUUAGUAACUGAAAUCACUAAAUCUACAAAUCAUUUUUAUAUGAGUCAUGCUUAAUGGGAUCCAACAGGAAUUCACUUUAUAACAAUGAGUGAUUUAUGGCAUAGUGUUAACAUUUGGAGUUCUAUAGGAGAAUAAUUAGUCAAAGAUACUAUCACCAAGGUUACAGAUAUCCACUGGAGAAAUAAACCAAUCCAUAUUUUACCAUAUAAGGAAGAAUAAGAACUAUAAAAUAACUCUAAAUAAUUUACCAAGAAGUAUGAGAAUGAAGAUGAUAAAAUUCUCAAUAAAGCUAAACAUGAAAAAGAACAAAAGAAAAAGGAAAUGUUAAAUCAAUUCACUCAAUAUCUCAACGAAAAGAGAAAAAUUUAUGAUGACAAAAAAGAAAUAAGAAAGAAGUUGCAAGGUUGGGAUGAAGAGGAUCCAAAUAGCUAUGUUUCUUAUAAAAAAGUAAUUAAAGAAGAAGUAGUAAAUUCAUGAUGUAUAUCUUAAAUAAGAAUAAUAUUAUUUAUGUUUCUUAAA